AUGAUGGAAAAUCCAUUCCUCCCUAUUGUUUCCUUCGUAAAGGAAAUUCUUGUCGCGAUUUCCUUCGUUUAUUUCGUUGCCCUGGUAUCUUACCGACUCUGCCUUCAUCCUCUGUCCAAAUACCCUGGUCCCAAACUGGCAGCCGUUUCUUGUCUAUACAGAGCUUAUCACCAGACCUGGCGAGAUGGGCGUUUGGUAGAGCAAUUAACUCACCUCCAUGAAGUCUAUGGCCCCGUUGUUCGAAUCACACCUAACACUCUACACUUUCGCAACCCCCAAGCAUUCCAUGAUAUCUUCUCGCCGCAGAACAAGACAGUCAAAGAUCAAGAGUUUUACCAUCAUCUCGGGCUGCCCGACUCAUCGUUUAGACUUGAAGGAGAGGAGCACGCCGCGCGGUUGAAGCUCAUGUCCCCACUCUUGGGUCGCAAUCAUAUGGACGAUAUUCAAAUUAUUGUUCGUCGCAAUGUACAACGAUUCUGUGACCUGCUGCAAUCUAGCGCGGGAAAUCAUAAGCCCAUCGAGCUAGCAUUGGGAUACCGUGGCUUGGCAUUGGAUAUAAUUAACGAGUUUAUAUUUGCCGUCAUUCCUGACAGACUCCGCGGACUCGAAAACGAAAAGUUCCGUAAUCCGCUCUCAAUGUCAACAUACUACAGCUUCGACUGGACUAUGUGGCUCAUGAGGAACUUCCCAUUAAUGACCAACCUUCUGCACUAUAAUCUUUCGUCCCCUGAGAUGAACGAUAGAGCCACUCUUAUUGGUAAUAUGACAAAGCCAGGUAGUGAAAGAAAUGGCAAACCGCUCCCGGAAUCAGCUCUUCUGGAUGAAGCAAUCGGGGUUAUGCAUGGUGGGGUUCUUGAUAUCUCCAACGUCCUGCCUUUCGGAACUUUCCACUUGGCCCAAGAUCCUAAAGCACAGCAGAAGCUGUAUGAAGAGCUCAAAAGUGUAUGGAAGAACCCAUCGGAUCAAAUCCCAGACCAUGAAAUACUCCGAAACCUUCCCUAUUUGAAAGGCCUAGUUAAGGAAACACUUCGCUUCACACACGGCGUCAUUUCCGGCAUGCCUCGUGUGGUCACAGCGACCGGUGCUCAGAUCGAUGGAAAUUACAUCCCGCCUGGGACCAUUGUUGCUACCACUUCCGUCUAUGUCCACAUGGAUCCGAACGUCUUUACAAACCCUGAACAAUUCUCUCCCGAGCGAUGGGCGACGGGUGAUCCCCAGCUUGAAAGGUCUCUCGUUCCUUUCUCCAAAGGACGGAGAAUGUGCCCUGCCCAAAAUAUAUCAUACAUGGAAAUAUCUGCCGCGUUCGCUGCUGUGUUUCGCAGGUUUGAGGUUUCGCUGUACGAGACGACCGAGGAGGAUAUGAAGUACAAGGCGUAUGCUUCUAUACACUACACUGGCCGACCCCUGAGAGCAACGCUCAAGCCUAGGCUUGAUUAA